ACCUACAAACACGCGCGCCACAGCAGAGAGCAUUCGCGUCGACGUCCAACGCGCGUCUGUCUCGCACGCCAGUCACUGCGCUAUGGGUCGACCGAUGUACUUGUCGCUGGUCACCGUCUGCGCGGCCGCUUUGCUGGCGUGCCCGCUGGCCACCGGUUGGCCGGUCGACAGCAGUUUCUACGACGAGAUCAAGCGGGUCGUGUACGGCGACGACGCCGCCGCUACCACCGCUUCCCCGGCCGUCGACUCCUUCGCCACCGCCACCGACUCGCCCCUGCUGCCACCACUGUCUUUACCGUCGUCACAGGCGCAGAACAUAAACCGACCAGUAGAAGUAGAAGGAUGGCCAAAAAGUCCUAUACCUCGCCUUGGACAAGUGAGCGGAGUGGCGAUAAACACAGUCGGACAGCCCGUGAUAUUUCACCGAGGAAGCCGCGUCUGGGACGAAAACUCAUUCAACGAGACGUGCCAUUACCAGCACAUAGAGGAAGGUCCCAUUUUGACGAACACCAUUGUCACCCUAAGCCCGAAAACCGGUGACGUUUUGUCCAGCUGGGGAGCAGGUUUCUUUUACAUGCCACACGGCAUCACAAUCGAUCACCAAGGCAACGUUUGGGUCACAGAUGUGGCCAUGCAUCAAGUGUUUAAGUUUUCGCCUGGAGCGUUCAGACCGUCAUUGACUUUUGGUAAGAGAUUCGAGAAUGGCAAAGGAUACAGGACUCUUUGUCAACCUACUUCCGUGGCCAUCGCUUCGACUGGCGAAAUAUUUAUCGCGGAUGGGUACUGCAACUCCAGAGUAUUGAAAUACUCGAGCAGAGGAGAGCUGCAACGGGUUUUUCCACAUGCCAAUGAAUUCCUGAGCCUUCAAGUGCCGCACAGUCUGGCGUUGCUCGAACAACACGACCUCGUAUGCAUCGCCGACCGCGAAGACAUGCGAGUGGUGUGCAGGGGCGCCGAACUGUCGGAGGGAAGCAGGGACCAGGCUCCGUUGACCAUACAACAACCGGACCUGGGACGGGUGUACGCGAUAACCAGCCACGGUGAUUUGAUCUACGCCGUCAACGGGCCCACUUCACCAAUGAUCCCGGUCCGAGGAUUCACAAUUAAUCCUAUGACCGAGAACAUUGUCGAUCACUGGACAAUAUCCAAAGACGCAGCUGUCCAGGUGCCGCACGACAUAGCAAUAUCUAAGGAUGGGUCGUCGUUGUACGUGACUUCGAUCAACCCGAACCGCAUAGUGAAGUAUACAAUGACAUCGGUGGUGCCAUUGAAAUCCGAAUGAUUCCCGAACACACCGAACACACACAAGAAACAAACGAUACAUUAAUAACAAUAACAAUAUUUAUUCCAUAGAAUUAGGACUUAUUCAUUAUUUAAUACUGACAGUUAUUGUUAAAUUAAUGAAUACAGAAAAUAUUCGACGAUCCAUUAAAUUCAUAAUUAUAGAUAAAAUAUUUUAAGCUUAUUACACUUUCAGGCAGGAUAUUAGGUAUCCUGAGUUCCCGUUCGGUUCGCUUAUUUAUUACCUACAUUAAUAUACGUAUAUAAUAUUAUAUAACAU